AUAUGGCGGAAACUGUUGUUCCUUGCCUUCUUCAUGAAGAUUCUGUGAAAGAAAGUGAGGUCAGACAGUUCACUUUGACAAGCUGGGCAAAAUUUAAGGUAUGUGCUAACCAGUGGAUCAAAUUAGAUGGAAAUGGCAGGCUUUUGGCUGAGAGAAAUGCUGAUUUGCUGGAGAAAGAACUUCAGGAAUGUACAGACAGGACACUGGGAUAUCAUCUUCCAUGUUACCAACGUUUUACUAACAAAGUAAGAAUUAAAGGAGCCGAAAAACGGUGUAUGAAACAUGCUGCCGAUUCCAAAAUUGUUGAAGGAAGUCCUGGCAUGAAACAAGCAGCUACAAUUUCCCCCGCUAAAAAAAGAAAAUUUCACCCGCAUAAUGGAACGUUAACAACUUCGACAGCCAGUGAGGGAAAAUCCAUUUUACCCCAAGUUUGCAUUAUUUGCAAAAAAGUAACAUCGUUUGUAUAUGGCUUUGGCAGAAAAAGAGUACGAGAUAAAUUGGUACAAGCACAAACAACUACAGCUGGAAAUUUACUUGAAGCUGCUAUCCAGAAGGCAGAUCAGGAUAUUCUCCUACUUAUACAUGGUAAAGACUGUGUCGACAUUGAAGUGAAAUAUCAUGCGCAGUGCUUUAAGAAAUAUACCAAAAGUGUUGUGGAGAAAAGGAGAACAGAAAUAGAUGGUUCCGAAAAAGCGGCAAUGGUGCUAGACCCAGCACACAAAGAAGUUUAUGGUAGUUUUAGUAAAGAAAUUAUAACAGAGAGACUAAUUAAUAACAAGGAAAUUCUAUGCAUGACUAGACUAACAAUUAUAUUAAAUGAUAUGCUGGAGAAGAAAGGUGUUCACUUUACAUACAGGAAUGAUCAGCUGAAACAUUUGCUCAAGAAAGACUUUCCACAACUUAAUUUCCAUGCUCCAAACCAAAUGAAUAUGAGUAAAAUUGUUUAUGUAGAGAUGUUAACAGCAGGGGAUUUCCGUCAAAACUAUUCAUCCUCAUCAGUAACCGAGGAUGGUUCCAGUACAGGGAGUGAGAGUGCAACUUUUCUAGCUUUUGGUGAAAAUCCAGUGAAAACACUGUAUAAUGCCGGACUACAAGUGAAAUGUACAUUGAAUGACUCUGCAGGUCUUACAUGUCCAUGGCUACCCACAUCUGUUGAUCUUACAACCGAUGCAGUAAGAUCAGUGGUGCCAGAAGUCCUGUUUAAUUUCUUAGCCUGGAGUGUUGGAGCAUCUGAGGAUCCUGUGCUAGACAAAUUUGUUGCUGUUUCAGAUGAUGUUCUUCCGAGGUUGUUGUCAAUUUGUCAGGAUUUGGUUUCAUUAGCAUCAAAUGGUCAAAAAUUGACUCUCAAGUCAUAAUGUCUUGGUUUAACUAUUUGCCAUCUGACUGGUUCCUCACAGCCCUUAACUCUGCUAAAUAAAUUAGAACAUUGUCAUCAAGAUCAACAAUUGUGACAUAUAAAACAGGUUUAGCUCAGUUACAACUUACCUGCAUGAAAGAGGUGCCUCCUGGAUUCGCAAAGAAGGUACCCGCUAUACUUGUUAAAGAUAACAUUGAUUUUGGAAAGGAGACAAUUUCAGGGGAGGGACCGACCCACCACACAAAUAGUGCAGAAUAAGAAGUCUAUGAUGAGAAUUAUUUUGAAGAAGAAGAUAUUGUUGGUGCCCUUUACAUAGAUUUGGCUUUUGUUUUAAUGAAGUAUUCCCAGCUUGAGUCUUUGCUAGUUCCUGGUUGGACAGGUUUCAAUGUACUACGAUUCUCAUAAGAAGCUUAGAGAUUGCUGAUAGAUUAGAGUUAAUCAUAUUGUGUUAGUUUUUGGCCAAGGCACAGCGAAUUAGAUGGAAAAGUGAUAUGAUGAUGAAGAGAUUUAUGGUUAUUUAGCAAGUUCCACACUUCCAUGUCUUUUUAUGAUAUGUUGGACAUUUUGGUUUAAUCAGAGGUGGUUGCCCAAGCUUCCAUAAAUGGAGUUUUGUCUGGUCAUCACUGCAACAUUAGAACUCAAAAAUAAUUGUUUGAGGCCAUGCAACGUCUUCGUCUCCAAACCUUUGUUUACAUCAUCACCCCAUAUUUAAAAUUUACAACAAUCAUUAUCAUACAGGUCAGCAUCAUUCUUCAAGCUAAUACAUUCCAAAAAACUUGAAUCUUUGAAAGAAUUGUACAAUGAAUGUUU